AUGUCAACGGAAGAUGCACCCAUCCAGCGAACAAAUGACCUGCGCAAGCGGGAUCAUUCAGCUUCCCCCAAUGACCCCAUCCCAACCACCCAAAAUCCCUCAGACCAGGCCCCUCCAUCCCCUACCCCAAAGUUUUUAGACCUACCAACCAACUACCUCCUAAAGGCAUCCCCCUCAGCAACUCCUCCUCCUCCUCUACCUCAGAUAACCAAACCACUACUUCAAACCCAAGCACUUCCUCUGCCCAAAUACUGA